AUGAGUAAAGACAUUCAGGAGUUUACUGGAAAGGAGAUUUAAGGAUAUACUGUAUCGAAGCCUAUAGGUUAAGGCAAAUUUUCAACCGUUUAUAAAGCUGAAACUGCAAAUAAAUAAGUUUUUGCAUUGAAAAAGAUAAAGAUAUUUGACAUGAUGGAUCCUAAAUAGCGUGAGAAAUGUUUAAAAGAAGUUGGAUUGAUGAAGCCACUAGAUCACCCUAAUAUAAUUAAAUAUAUAGAUUCCUUUAUACAUAAUAACGAAUUGAUUAUUGUUACAGAAUGGGCAGAAAAGGGCGAUUUAAAGCGAUUAAUUAAAAUGUAAUAGCAAGAAGAAACUCCUUUUGAGGAGUUAAAAAUAUGGGAAUAUAUGUAAUAGAUUGCUUCUGCGUUAAAUCAUAUGCACGAAAAAAGAAUCAUGCAUAGGGAUUUAAAGCCUGCCAAUAUAUUUAUAGCUCAAGAUGACACUUUAAAAGUAGGAGAUUUAGGUUUAGGUAGAGAAUUUUCUUCAGGAACUAUUGAAGUUUAUUCUAAAGUAGGUACACCUUUGUAUAUGAGUCCAGAGCUUUUACAUGGCGAGGGUUAUGACAUGAAAAGUGAUGUUUGGAGUUUAGGCUGUAUUGUUUAUGAGUUGAGUGAAUUUAAAAGUCCUUUCAGAAAUGAAAAUGAUAAAAUGAGUUUAAUGGAUUUAUUUUAGAAUAUCACGAAAGGAGAAUAUAAGCAAAUAAGUAAGAGAUAUAGUGAAGAUUUAUAAUAAAUUAUAGAUGAUAUGAUAGUGGUAGACCCUACUAAAAGAAUUGAUACAGAAGUUGUUUUGCAAAGAUGCGAAAAAAAAAUUAAUUAGUUAAAGAAAAACCCAAAGAUUGAUUGUAUUUUAGUUAAUGAGGAUAUAUAUGAAAAACUUACUCUUUUGGAGUAUCAUAAUUUUUUUUGCAAACCUAUGCACAGAGAUCCUGUUUCAAAAGUGUUUUUUUCAAUAUCUGAUUAAACUCCUGCUCAAAAUAAUAAGAAAUUCUUCUAUUUUGCAGAGCUAUGCUAUUGGAUAAUGUCAAUAUAAAAAUAUGAUAAAAAAAAUAAAAUAUAAGCAGCAUUAAAAUUAAAAUCUCUUGGAAACUGGGAAUCUGUUGAUGAGUGUGCAUAAUAGUUAUUAUUCGAUCUUAAAAAAUGGGGGCUCAGACUUCCAGACUCUUUAAAUGUCUAACACAUUAGAAAUGGAUAUGGUGAUACAGUCUGUUUCAUAUUAAACGAUAUAUUAAAUAGAGAAUUAAUUAGAUUAAAUUUUAAAUUUGAAGAUCCUAAGCACACUGAUGUUUAGAAUGGACAGCAAGAAACAGAAAAUGGAGUUUUAUAAGAUCCUGAUUUAAAUGAGUAUAUGAUUGAAGAGGAGGAUAUAUAAGAUGAAGAUUCUAUUGUCGGAGAAGAAGAAUAAGGAGAUUUAUUAAAUGGGUAAUAUAAUAAACGGUAAAAUGGAGAAGAGGCUUAUGAUUAUAAAAAAAUAAUAGAUGAAGAUAGAGAAAUGAUUAUCUCGAAUGUUGAUCCACUAGAGUGGUAAAAAGAAUGUCUUAGAGUCACUACAGAGCUAUAAAACUUUGAUUUAAAAAUUAAGAAAAAUGAAAUAACUGCAUAGAUUAACGAAAACGACUAUAUCAACAACUUGAAUCGUCUUUAAAAAUUUUAGAGAGGAAUGAAUAUGCAGGCAUAAAUUUUGUAAGAACCUUUUGUUAAUAAGAUAAUCACAAACUGGUAAAACUAGCUAGAUUAAAUUGAAAAAGGAGAAUAAAGGAUUAACUAAGGAAAUAUUGAUAGCAUAAAUGUGCUUAAAGAAAAAGUGCAAAGUAAAAAGAAAUUUCUUUUGGAUUUAGAGUAAAAGUCUGAGUAAGUAAAAAGCUAAAUUUAGAAUUUCGAUAGCAUGAAUGAACAAUAUGAAAAAGUUAAAAAAGAAAUAGUAGAGAGAGAGAAAUUGAUUACAGGAAAUGAUUAAACUAAUAAAAUAAAAGAUGCAAUAUAAAAAAUAAAAACCGAAAUUAAAUCGAUGACAAUUAAAAUAGGUGUUUUACAAAGUAACCUCCUUUCAAAACAAUUAAACAUAGAAUUAAAUAAAUUUAAAAAUGGAUCUGAUGAUGAAGAUGGUAUAGAUGAUAAUUAUUUAAACGAUUUAUAGUAAUCUAAAAACAACAACAAAAAUAGUAACACAAAUGGUGAAAUAAAUUAAGGAUUUAGUGAUGAUCAAAAUGAAGAAAAUUUAAUGGAUAUAUCUGAUGAUAAUUUUUGA